CGACAAUGAAAGCACGAGUGACAGAAGCGUGAGCAGGGCACAGCCUGGAGGAAGGAUUUAAAUAGGUUUCUUUGAAAAAGAGAACUGAGAUUUAGAUGUUUAAGUGAGUUUCCGGAGUGUUGUAAUGCGUCGCGGUGUUAUUCGGUGUUAGGAUUUGCUUAUAUUAGCUAGCUAACGGUUAACAGGCUUUAGCAUGGACUAUCCUGAUAUCAAAUAACGGUAAAGUCGUUAUAAUAUGAAGUGUAUACUAUUUAUAACAGUUUUGCAUUGAGACUGCAUUACUAGGAUGUAUUAGAUCGUGUAGUAGAUAGUGUAUAGUAGUAGAUAGUGGCCUCACCGGAAGUGAUGCUUCACUCACAGUUGGAAGUUUUUUAUUAAUUCGUUUUUUUUUUAAUGUUUUAUUUAUUUUUUUAUUUUUUAUCGUGGAGGGUGUGUUUAGUAAAAUGUGGCACGACGUCGAAUUUCCCUCCGUGUCAUUUAUAUUUUUCACUCUUUUCAUCAUUAUUGUUUUCUAUCUGCUGAGACACUAUCGACUACGUAAACACUUGUUUGUAAACAUCCCCCCGGGUCCAAAACCACUUCCGGUUGUAGGGAACUUCGGCAGCUUGUUCGUGCCGCCGUUUAUUCUGAAGCUGUUCGCGCGGAAAGCUGAAGAGUAUGAAGAGAAGAGAGCAAGCCCACUUUCCCCGCAGGUGGGUUUGAUGGAGUUGUCGAAGGUUUACGGUAACAUGUACAGCCUGUUUGUGGGCAGUCAGCUGGUGGUGGUGCUGAACGGGUACGAGGUGAUCAGAGACGCGCUGUCCAACCACGCCGAGGUUUUCUCUGACAGACCUGACAUCCCUCUGAUCACCAUUCUGACCAAGCGGAAAGGCAUUGUAUUUGCUCCUUACGGUCCAAUCUGGAGAAAACAGCGCAAGUUCUGCCACAUGACUCUUCGAAACUUCGGCCUGGGCAAACUGAGUCUGGAGCCCUGCAUCCACGAGGGAUUCGCCGUGGUCAAGGCUGAGCUGCUGAAGCGAAACCAGGAGGCAGGAGGACAGGGGGUGGACCUGAUGCCUUUGAUCAGCAGUGCUGUGUCCAAUGUGAUCUCCUCGAUCAGCCUGGGCCAGCGCUUCCACCACCAGGACGAGGAGUUCCGCACGCAGCUGAACCUCAUGGCCCACGGUCUGGAGAUCAGCAUGAACAGCGCCGCCGUGCUCAUCAACAUCUUCCCCUGGCUCUACUACGUCCCCUGCGGCGUCUUCAAGCAGCUCCGCCGAGUGGAGAGGGACAUCACGGCAUUCCUGAAGAAGAUUAUAGCCAGGCACAGGGCCACGCUGGACCCCGAGAACCCCAGGGAUUUCAUCGAUAUGUAUCUGGUGGAGAUGCUGACUCAGCAAAAACCAGGUGGAUCAGAGGAGGACGGAUUCUCCGAGGAUUAUCUGUUCUACAUAAUAGGGGACCUGUUUAUUGCAGGGACGGAUACGACUACUAAUAGCAUCCUGUGGAUGGUACUGUACAUGUGUUUACAUCCUGAUGUCCAAGAGAAUGUUCAGCGAGAGAUCGAUGCAGUAGUGGGACGUGGAAGGCUGCCGUCGCUGACUGACAAGGGCACGCUGCCCUACACCGAGGCCACCAUCAUGGAGGUGCAGAGAAUGGCUGUGGUGGUGCCUCUGGCUAUUCCUCACAUGGCUUCCAAGACUACAGAAUUCCGAGGGUACACUAUUCCUAAGGGGACAGUCAUCCUUCCCAACCUCUGGUCGGUCCACAGAGAUCCCACUGUGUGGGAGAAUCCAGAUGACUUCAAUCCUUCACGGUUUCUGGAUGAACAAGGCCAGCUCCUCAGGAAGGAAUAUUUUAUUCCAUUUGGAAUAGGUCGGAGAGUGUGCAUGGGAGAACAGCUGGCAAAGAUGGAGCUCUUCCUGAUGUUCACCAGCCUGAUGCAGGCUUUCACAUUCCGCCUCCCUGAGGGACAUCAGCCUCUGUCCAUGCAUGGACGCUUCGGCCUCACGCUGGCUCCCUGUCGCUUCAGUGUGUGUGUGACGCCACGCAAACCUGAAACACACACAACAUCAGAAAAUCACGGAGACACGGAGUAAUGAUAACGUUUUCUUUCCUAGCUACAAUGGCCUUAAUGCUUUUUAGGGCAUUCAUUCAAAAGAAGGUGAAGAGCUACAGUAGUGGAGCUGCUCCUAAAAAUUCCAGCUGAUUUUGAUAAAGUGAGACUGUGAAACUGGUUUGAACCUCGGUUGUAAAACCAGCGGUUUGUACCAAAUCAUUUCACAGAAUCAGUAUACUGUUAUACUAAAAUUGUCCAUAGUUUCUCUAUUAAUUUUUAAUUUCACUUUCAAUUUUUGCACUUUAUUAAUUUGAAAAUGUGUUCCUGAUCAUUUCAGAAUCAUAGUCUUAAUAUCAUAAUAUCUUAAUAUCAAAAUCAUUUCACUAAAUUGUGUCAGAUUAGUUCACAGAAUCAGUAUACUGUUAUACUAAAAUUGUGCAUAGUUUCUCUAUUAAUUUCUAAUUUCAUUUUUCAGCUUUUGCACUUUACUAAUUUGAAAGUGUGUUCCUGAUCAUUUCAGAAUCAUAGUCUUAAUAUCAUAAUACUAAAACAGUUCAUUUACAUUUCAUACUUUUACAUUUUGUUUUCCAGCUUUAGCACUUUCCUGUGGUCUGUGACCAGAAUACUGUAUUUUAGUAAUUUUACUGAGUAAAACUAAUUUCUAUAAAAUGAAAGAGGUGACAAUGACAUGGCAAUACAACAUAAUUAAUCAUUUUGAUUUCCCUCACUGAACAAUCCAUCAAAUUGUAACCAAAUUAACUGCAGUUUUAUAAAUAUAAUCUGAUCACCUCUGUGAACUGCUGUGAGAUCAUUUUGAGGUGCAAGUGGCCUUAACAGCAUUCAGAAUUAAUUUAUAGAUCUCAGAUUUGUAUAGAAUGCAAGUGAAAUUAAAAUACACAGGCACUAAUGUGUUGUAGAUGCCGAUCAAUGCAUAAAUACUACAGUAUUUAAACAUUUCUAAAAGCUUCCUGAUACGGUUUAUCAACAUAUAAUUUGUUAUACAUGAAACAAAUGUAAUUAUGAUUUGAAUAUAAGAAUAUGCAGCUAAUCUCUUAAUAACUGAUGUUUUUGAAGUUACGGUUUUUAAUUUUAUAUAUAUAU